AUGCCUGACAGCCGCACUGUUUCCGUUGAUUCUGGGCCUCGGGAUUGUGCUUGGGAGAGACUAUUGCCAUGCCAUGCUUUGCACCACAGAACAAAGCAACAAUCAUCGAUAUUCUCGACCCCCUCCGCUGCGCCCCUUGAAGGCCCGACUUCCCCCCAGCAGCACGCAUCCAGUCCACGCUUAACCGCAAUGGUGCAGAAGCAUGUGCUCGAUGCCGAAGACUUUUCCAAGUGGCGAUUCCUGGACUGCCACGAUGCUGGCCGACGACUGCUUGUCUUUGACCCCAAUCAGCAGACUUCUCGUGCUCUUCUCCGCGCCAUACACCAAUUCUGGACACUGGACCCCACCGUCAACAUCACCUGGCAUUUCUCGACCGAAGCAUGCAAUCGACCCACAUAUGGCCGCACUAGACACGACCUCACCGACAACCAAACACUGAAUAGAAUCCCGUCCGCACGACGACCCUUAUCGGAUCUUACAGAAGCGUCAUGGGCCCCGCAACACGUCGGAAGGCUGAAUAUCAUCCUCCACUUCGAUCCGCCUUCUCCGAAGUCUACCUCCGCACCAGCGAGUGGCAAGCGAAUGGUAAACAGUCCCUACGCAGAGAUCGAAUUCGCGGGCUUCGAAGCCGCUGAAAUCCUGCCCUAUUCGGCGACAGCUCUGCAGAGACUUGCCAAGAUCAGGGCUGACAAAGCCAAACGGAACGUCAAGGCUGAGCUUAAGCAGACUCCUGAUUCGAUGGAAGAUGUUGCAAUGACCGACGCAGAGACGAGCGAAAGCCAGAAAAGUCAUGACGGCGCGAAGACAGAACAACCAAGUGAAAUGCCCAGCUUAUCCAUCCCCAACAACUCACGCCCCAUCAUCCCUCCACAACCCCAGAAGCGUUCAAGAAUUGCCAAGGCUGCGCCCCAACAUGGCAUGCAGGACAGAAGUCUCUCCAGAUGGCCUGCGUACACCGCGCUCGCAGGUCCGCGGCCGAUGGAGAUGAACGGCAUGCCAGCCUUGAGGCAGUUUCAGAGCACGACCAUGAACACAUCAAGUCCUGUUCAGCAACGAUAUGACAACUCACUUGGCACAUUUGGACCAACCACAAAUCCUCACUUCAACCAAGGCCCAAUGCACUUUCCGAACUGGAUGGGCCCACCAGCGAAUACAUUUCUGCACAAUAUCAACGCCUCAGGAAGAAGCGACCAGAACGCCCUCAAUCCGACACCGUUCAUAAGCGCUCCAACAUCCUCAAACCCGCGGGGUGGAAUCGCAGAUGCAAUACGCAGACGAUCGAAAGCAUCACUCGGUUUUGGUGCUCGAGCGAUGCAGUCUCCACGAUCGACGCAAGAUAGCACGGGCGGUUUUGGCCUGGGCACCAAUACACACAAGCCGUACGACCUUCCAAUCCGUGGUACUGAUACUGAUAUGACUGACAACCACUCAGACCUUGAUCGACGAAUGUCCAACCCUUCUCGCCGCCACGCGAAUCCCAUUCUACUUACAAACGCAGGCACUGUUUUGAGGGAAGUCAGUGAUGCUGACUAUGAGAGAGUGUGUCAUUGA